AUGAAUUCAGAAAUUAUUGAAAUUGAAGAAGAAAACUUCCGUGAAAUAAUCAUUGUUGGUGCAGGACCUUGUGGGCUCGCAGCAGCCACGCGCCUAUGUGAAAGUUGUCCCGGGUCCAUUUACACUGAAGAUGAACAUCAACGAUUCCACUGGUUAAAGCAAAGAGGAAGCAGAGUUAAUCUUAUUCAUCAUCACUCAUUACAGAAGAAAUCUAAAACAAAUUAUAAAUGUAAUAACUUCAAAGCAAGUGAUAUAUUGGUGUUGGAUGGUACGAGAGAUUCUUUUAUGGGCCAAUGGGAUUCACAAUUUUCUGCCUGUCAAAUUCCGUACCUUCGCUCACCUAUGUUUUUCCAUCCAGAUCCUGUAAAUAUUGAUGGUUUGGUAACUUUUGCCCAUAUGUAUAAAAGGGAGAAGGAUUUGAUGGAGAUUUCCAACGUGGUAGGGAAGGAAUGGUCCAAGCAUAAACAGAGAAAGUUGCAACGGAAGCGGGAAAAGAAAGUUCCUUUACCAACUGGAAAAACCAGUGGGGUUCAUGAUAAACCUGGAAUCAUUGAUAUCAAUAUGAGAGAUUGGAAAGACUAUUACCGUCCUUCUACUCCAUUAUUUCGUGAUUUCUGCAAUGAUAUAAUUACUAGGUAUAAUUUGGAAAGUGUUGUAAAGAAGGAUGAAGUAGUUUCUAUAGCGUAUAGAUCAAUCAAAUUAGAAAACUCUGAUGAAUCAGGAAGGGGGAUGGUUGUUACUACUGCUAGUGGAAAAGUAUUUGGCUGCAAAUCAUGCAUUGUAACUUCAGGUCAUCGUGGCCAAAUCAACUAUCCUAUUGCCCCAUUCACUGAUCCAUAUUUCCCCAUUGGUAGUUGUCACACAACACAUUUGUUUUCAAAGGAAGUUAAAUUUCUUGGGGACGAAAUAUUCAUGAAACCUAAAGUUGGGUUGAGAAGUAUUGUAAUUGCUGGUGGAGGUUUAACCUCGGCUCAAUUGGCACAUGUUGCAUGUCAAGAUCCUAGAAUUGAUAAAGUAUAUUUGUUGUUUCGUGGACAAAUAAAGAUCAAACAUUUUGACUUUCAUUUGGAUUGGGUUACCAAGUAUAAGAACGUUAAGAAAUCAGCUUUUUAUAUCUUGGACACCGAUGAUGAACGGGCACAAAUGGUUAAUGAUGCUAGAGAAGGUGGUUCCAUCAACCCUGAAUAUUACAAGAAAUUGAACCAACACGUUAAAUCAGGAAAUCUCGACUGGUUAACACAUACCACCAUUAGAUGCCAAGAGUGGAACGGGGAAUUGCAGUGUUGGAAUUUAAUUUUUGAGUCAAAAGUACAGAAAAAGGACAAAUCGGUAGAAAUGAAGGAAAUAAGUUUAGAAAAUGUUGAUUAUAUUUAUUUUGCAACUGGUAUUACAGCUGAUAUUAACUCUCUUGGUUUUCUUGGUCCCGUGUUAAAGGAAAAUCCAAUUGAAGUAGUUCGUGGUUUCCCUUGUUUAACUGAUGACUUGCAGUGGAACAAUGAAGUCCCGUUGUUCAUUCUGGGCAAGAAUGCAUCUUUGAAAAUGGGUCCAACAUCUGCUAACUUAGAUGGGGCAAGGUUGGGAGCUGAGAGAAUUGGAUGGUAUCUACAAGAUCUUAAAAGUAGAGGUAAAUUGGAUUGGCUGCCUAUAAGCUGCACUGAACUUGGUUGUUGUUCUCUGUCAGAAAACAGCACUUCCUUGGAAUUCAAAUUAGACCAAGGUGACAGUGAAAGUGAAGAAGAGCUUGAAUCUAGUUUUGAAACUAGGCUAAAAUUAUCCAGUGGACAAAUGAACUGGUACACAUUACUUGAACAAUAA